AGGCCGCGCGCGGAGAGUGGAGGAGUGACGGAGCGCGCGCUCAGAGCUGCCGCUGCGGGACUCCGACUAGGAACUUCUAAACAGGAUAAUCUGCGGGCCCGUCUCUCAAUAAACAACCUGUAAACAGGACAAGACUUUGUCUCCGUCGUGGCUUUGGUGGGAUAUCCUCUUUGGACUCAAAGGCACGUUUGUUGGACGAAGUUCAGGUGCGUUUGCGGUGAUUGAUUUUUGUCCAGAGAAUGCUUCCAAAGCUUCUAAUCACUUCCCAGUGUUCCUCUUGCUGACACCAGCCUUUGACAUCUGAUCUCGGUGGCAGUGAUGGCAGACCGCUGCGACAUUGCAGUCGCCCCUGGUCAGCCAUACAUUGAGGUGGAGUAUGACUAUGAGUACAAAUCCAAAGACCGUAUAAUCAGCAUCAAGCAUGGGGAGUGUUACCUGUUGGUGAAAAAGGCCAACGAGGACUGGUGGCAGGUACGCAAAGAGGAGAACAGCAAGCCCUUUUAUGUUCCAGCCCAGUAUGUUCGUGAGGUACGGCGGGCUCUCAUGCCACCCCCUAAACCUCUCCCAAAUGCUGGUAGUGGGGUGGGGCCCAGAGGAGGAUCCUUAAAGAGCCGUCCAUCUGCCCUAGAGCUCAAACAGUCUGACGAGAAUUUGAGCAAACGAACUCCUGCCCACUUGCCCUCUACUGCACUGCAGCCUCCCAAAGAGGACAAAGGCAGUCCAAAAAGCCCCGUCCAGCCAGGGCAGCAAGUGCCCCUAAAUGUAAAACACGGGUCUCUGCCUCGAACCCGGGCAAAGUCCCCACUGGGACUCAGAGCACCACUAGAUUUGGAUGGAGAUAGCGAUGGGGAGGGAGACAAGGAAAGGAGUAGAGAAGGAAUGCAGGAUCGAAACGAAGACAGGGCUGGAAAUGGAGAGAGAGAAAGGAAGAAAGGAGGAGAGAGAGCGGAUGAUGGAGAAAAGGGAAGGAGAAGAGAUGGGGAGAAAGUGACAGAUGGAGAAAAGAAGAAGAGAGAAGGAGAAAGAACAACAGAUGGGGAGAGAGAGAAAAAGGGAGAAGGAGAGCAGGACAUGAGUGCUCCCAGAGAGGUGUUGGAGAAAAAUCUAAACGAUUCCGAAUCCGGGGACGAGCUCAGCAGCAGUUCUACAGAGCAGCUACAGGGACGACCUGACUCACCUGUCUACACUAACCUGCAGGACUUGAAGAUCUCUCAGUCGCCUCAGCCCCCGCUGCCCUCGUCCUCCCCUCUUAACACGCAUGGAGAGUGGGAGACACACAAAGAUCAGAAUGGCCGGCACUUCUACUACAACCGCGCGACCCAGGAGAGGACGUGGAAACCCCCACGGGCACGCGACAGCAGAAAGGAGGAGAGGCACGACACUGCAAGUACAGAGACAGAGGUUUUUUCGUCGGAGGAAAACUGUCUGAGUAGCCAGUCAGAUAGCCAAUAUGGCUCGCCCCCUAGAGGCUGGUCUGAAGAGCUUGAUGAGUAUGGGCACACGCUGUAUGUGUGUGACCAUACUAAUGAGAAGUGGAUUAAACACACGGACGAACAGGGUCGGCCGUAUUACUACAGUGCAGACGGCUCCAGAUCUGAGUGGGAACUUCCAAAAGUCAAUCUCAGAACACAAUCAAAUCCCUCUGCCUUGAUGCCAAAAACUGGAGAUGCGCCCAAAACGCGCAGCUUGGACCGGAGGCUGCCACCCCCCAUAGUGCUGGAAUGGAGGCAUAGCACAUGCAUACUGGAGGCUAAUGACAAAAUCUCUCGGCCCAGUGCUCACAAUGGCAAGGCAAAUACAUUAAAACAGAAGUCCAUCAAAAACCGGCGAAUCUUCUCCCUGCGCAAAGUCUCCAUCCGCUCUCAUCCCUAUAGGCCACAAGAACCACCAAAAGCUGGCACUCCAGACUCUGACUGCUCUGACCCUUCCUCUCCCAAACACCCCCAUUCCCCAAGCUCUGAGAAAUCUGGAUUCCUGAACGUGACCAAGAUCACUGAACAUGGCAAGAAAGUCCGGAAAAACUGGUCCUCAUCCUGGACUGUUCUACAGGGAUCCUCACUUAUAUUUGCCAAGAACCAGGGCACAGCCACCAGCUGGUUUGGGAGCCACCAGUCAAAGCCAGACUUCAGCAUUGACCUGAAAGGAGCAACUGUAGAGAGAGCAUCUAAAGACAAAUCCAGCAAGAAGCACGUUCUAGAGGUGAAGACUCGGCAGGGUACAGAGCUCCUUAUCCAGUCAGACAUCGAAACCACAAUCAAUGAGUGGUUCAAAUCACUGACGGAAGCCAUAAACACUCAUGCCUGGGAGUCUGAUGAGGCUAUUGAAGAGGACAUGCCGGAGUCUCCAGGACCAGAGAAACAUGACAAAGAAAAAGAGCACAGAGACUCUAAGAAACUCAGAGCCAUGAAGAACUCCACCAGCAUGGACUCAACGGAGCAAAAGAAGACCAAGACAAAGCUGAAGAAAUUUCUCAUACGUAGACCCACUCUUCAGGCGGUUAGAGACAAGGGUUACAUCAAAGAUCAGGUGUUUGGCUGUAAUCUGAUCAGUCUUUGCCAGAGGGAGAACACGACUGUCCCUCAUUUUGUCAGGAUGUGUAUCGACCAUGUGGAGAAUCACGGUUUGAAUUUGGAUGGUCUGUACAGAGUCAGUGGAAAUCUGGCCAUCAUACAGAAGCUGAGAUUUGCAGUUAAUCAUGAUGAGAAGAUAAAUUUUGAAGACAGUAAAUGGGAAGACAUCCACGUCGUCACUGGAGCGCUGAAGAUGUUUUUCCGGGAGCUUCCAGAACCGCUUUUCACCUAUGCACUUUUCAAUGACUUUGUUGCUGCCAUUAAAAACCCGGACUAUAAGCAGAAAGCGCAGGCCGUUAAAGACAAAGUGCAGAAGCUGCCUCGACCCAACCACGACACAAUGCAGGCGCUUUUCAAACACCUGAAAAAAGUGAUAGAGCAUGGUGAGAAGAACAGGAUGACCACGCAGAGCGUCGCGAUCGUGUUUGGCCCAACUCUUUUGCGUCCUGAGGUCGAGACAUUGAACAUGGCGGUACACAUGGUAUACCAGAACCAAAUUGUUGAGCUUGUUCUACUCGAGUAUGACACCAUAUUUGGCAGAUACAAAGGAUCCAUUUAAAGCAAGCCCAACUGAUUCUGGGGGAGGAGGACCAUCUGACUUCAGCAAUCUACUUACUAAAGAAUACUUACUUCCAUUUUUCCCUUUAUUAUUUGGACCAAUUUACUUUUGCGAACUGCUGCCCUCGAUUGGAAUUCAGUUUUUGAUGGAUAAUAGCUCUUACUGGACUGUACUGUCUUUUUUUAAACCACAUUUGGAUCAUCCACAUUCCAUAACUGGACCUACAAGGCUUUCCAUGCCAUUUUGCUUGCUAGACUGAAACUUUUUUUCUUUUUCAGCUGAGAAUUUGAGACUUUUACUUGUUGAUAAGGCUCAAAUGCACCCUGAACUGGCAUUGACUUCUAUUACUGUUAUGCAGUUUACUUUCGUUUUGCCAUAAUAUACAAUAUAGCCUGCUGUAUUUUAGAAUGAUAAACCCAUUGAUCAGUAGCUUUCAUAUCAGUACAAUUCAACUUGGAAUGAACCAUUACUCUGUGACCUCUGUGGCGGUUUCUAAUGUACAUUUGAAUGUUCACACAGUUUGAGGUAAAACAGGAGAGUUGACCACUGCUCACACUGGACUUAAUGGACAGUCAAGGACAAAGUAUUUUCUCUCUUACACACACAAACUGUUUCUGACUUGGCUGGGUUUGUCUUAACUUUCAAACACCAGUUUUACAGGACCCUUCAGUAUGUUACAGAUGUAUUGUGUGUGGCUAUGUACAUGUGUGUCUAUGUGUGUAUGUACAAUAUUGGGCAAAAGUCAGAGACCACCCUUCACUUAUGUCAUUUCCAGUUUAAACUGCCAUUUCAGGUUAUUUAUUUUUCAGCUUUAGGAAGAAAGCAGGAGAGAUAAUUGUUCACACCUCCAAAGUUCAGUCUCAGAAGCUGGUUGCAUUGUCUGCUUAUCAAAAUCCAAGUAAUCCCAAAUACACCACAGUGCUCUGGGGUGGUCAGUCCAUUGUUCUGAAAACACCAGCAGCAUCUUUGGUUUGCAAGUUUUCUUCUUUUUUCUCUAUUUCCUUUUCUCAGUAACAGCUUCUUGACAGCUACACAUCCUCUUAGAUUCAUAUUGUUAAGUCGUCGUCUCAUAUUGGAAGGAUGGACGGAAACGCUUGUGGAUUUUUUUAGAUCGAAAGCAAGAGUGGAGCUUCUCUCUCUCAAACAUGAAAGCUUUAAGUACUGUUUAUCUGAUGGUGACAGUUUUGGUGGUCUAGGAUUCUCUCUGUAUCUUUUAAUCAUUUUUUGAGCUCCUGUUUUAGAAACUCAAGUUUAUUUCACAUAUUUUCUUUGACUUUCUGCUUCCUUAUGCAACUGGAUUACAUUAUAUCUAAUCUCCCCAGAAAUAUAACUUGUGCUUAACAGCCUUUUUGACUGAAAAUUAAUAAAUGAAGGAUGAUCUCUGACAUUUACACAAUAUUGUAUGCAUAUUUAUGUGUGGUGUCUCCUGAGAAUUCACUGGAAAACGAAUCCUGCUUAUUACCCCAAAGCACUGAAUGUGCACAGAUCAAAGCAAAUCUCAGGUCCUCUUUUCAUAAAGCUACAUAUUAAUCACAGAGCCAAGCUCUGAAAACACUGUACAGAUCACAGAAUAACAUGGGGACAAAACAGAGUCAAUGUAAGACAUUACACUGAAAGCGGUGUAAGCAUUUGCUGGUACUUGAAAACUGGGAUUGUGUUGUACAGACGCAUCUGAUGGUGUUGAGAAACUGUGGUAAGAGAUAAAACGGGACACAAUUGCUACUGAUGUAUAAACAUAAAAUAGAGACUGAUUUAUUGAAAAAAGCUAAACCUUUUAAAAAAAACUGCAAGUGGACAUUUGUUGAAUGUAAUUUUCGAACUGCUGUACGUGAUGCUACUUGAUGUCUGUAUUGGAAUAAAUUUGACAAAGCAAGUUAUUAAGGGUUUUGUUUAAAUGGCAUCAAAAUUAUUAUUUUUUUUUUUUUUACAUUUUUUUCUGCAUUUUGAUCAACUACAUUCCGUAACUGAAAGGUAUUGAAAGUACUAAAACUGGAACUGGACUUGGUAGUAGUGGUAGAAGAAUGCUGUUAAAUAUAUUUUUCCUAACUGCUGUACAUGAUGCUUGCUUUGUCUGAAAGUGGAAUAAAGUUGUUAAGGCAGGGGGUUAGAGUUUUUGUUUAUAUGGCAUAAUAUAUAAUAAAUUGAUAUACCACUCA